AUGGAAGCGUGUGAUUUCUUUGGGAAUUACCACCUCGAUCGCCUCAACAAUGAACUGUGCGCUACAAGGGCAACCCUUGUACUGAAGAAAGGUGUUGACUGCGUCGAGGCAAUUAUCAGGGUUGCGAACACGUUGCGAGGCUCAUUAAGCUUCGAGAAAGGCAAACUGAGUGGACCCCUAAUGUCUACGAUGAUGAUGGGGAGCGAAGAACAGAUGAAGAUAGAGACGGCCCUAACGGAGGGAUUCCAAGCUGGGUUUUCUGUGCACUUGGUUGAUUACACGCUGACGUUGACGACGGAGCAAAACACCCUCGUCUUCGAGCGCGACGUUUGUGUAGAGAUGCUUGUUGGCGAGUACAUGCUCAGUGCAUUCAACGGAGAACAUGUAUCCCUUGACAGUUUGAAACUGGCUUUUGUCCCCAGUGGUAAGGGUUGCAUAUCUAUGAUCGCCCAGUUCACCAACUCGCUUCGGGGUGAGCUGAGUCUUGAUGAUGGCAUACUGAAGGGCGCAGUCGCCUCUACGAUGAAUGAAGUGGGAGGUAUGAUGAAGGAGAUGGAGGAGAGGUUCCGUGCGGGAAUGGAGAACGGCAUGUACGUGUCUCUCGAUGGGAAGCAUCUCACCCUAAAAGAUGAUCACAAUGUCUACCUGUAUUUGCGCUUGCUGGUGCCAGACGAUCUCGCUGGGGAGUACGUGUUGAAGAGUCUCAAUGGCGGUCCUGUGGAAUCGGAUGAGCAAAUAACACUUCUUCUUUCCCAUGAUGCAGAGGCGGAUGGGAUAGAUGUGCUCGCAAAGGUAUCGAACACUCUGCGUGGGAAGGCCACACUGCUGAGGGACACACUGAAGGGGAUGCUGAUGUCAACAAGGAUGAUGGGGAGCGAGGCGGAGAUGCUUGUGGAGGGCGCGCUGACUAGCGGUUUCAAUACUGGGUUUCUCUGCUGCGUUGACGCUGGAGAGCUGACGUUGACAUGCGGCGACAACACGCUUGUGUACACGAAGGUGGCUGCUGUACCAUACGAGAAUGGGAAACCAGCGUACCUGGGUGAAAAUGUGGCGCAGUGCUUCAAGGGCCACGGCAACGGUCUGAUGUUUCGCAUCAUCAACGCUGCUGAGAGAAAGUGGGCGUUCUACAAUGAUACAAAGAAGUACAAGAUGCGUGUGAAGGUGGUGUUUGGCACUCGGUCAAAAGUAGAGGGUCUUGGCAACACGCGCAUCACUGUGAGCGAUGGUGGCCAUCAGAUAGCCGAGGUGACAGUGGCACCUGGUGCCACAGAGAUGUUCAUUGUGGGAUACGUGAACGGGUACAAAUGCUCGUACGACGCGCUGCCCGUAUAG